CGAAGCUAUCCUCUGGCUUCUGGCCUCAGCCGCUCUGCCCGAGGCCCAGGACCUGCCACGGGCACCGUAGCCGCCACCCGAGGAGGAGUCUGCUGAGAGUGCGGGCCAUGGACUUCCUCACGUCCACCGCCAUCCUGCCCCUGCUCUUCGGCUGCCUGGGCAUCUUCGGCCUCUUCCGCCUGCUGCAGUGGAUGCGAGCCAGGGCAUACCUGCGGGGUGCUGUGGUGGUGAUAACGGGCGCCACCUCGGGUCUGGGGAGAGAAUGUGCCAAAGUCUUCCACGCUGCUGGUGCCAAGCUGGUGCUCUGUGGCCGGAACGUGGAGGCCCUGGAAGAGCUCACCAAAGAACUCAGCACUUCUCAUGCCACCAAGGUGCAGACGCACAAGCCUCACACGGUGACCUUCGACCUCACAGACCCCGGGGCCGUAGCCACAGCAGCCACUGAGAUCACACGGUGCUUCGGCCACGUGGACAUCCUCAUCAACAAUGCCGGCAUCAGCUACCGCGGGGCCGCCCAGGACACCACGCUGGACGUGGACAAGAGGGUCAUGGAGACAAACUACUUCGGCCCGGUUGCUCUGACGAAAGCACUCCUGCCCGGCAUGCUCAGGAGGCGGCAGGGCCACGUCGUCGCCAUCAGCAGCGUCCAGGGCAGGAUCGGCAUCCCCUUCCGGUCGGCCUACGCGGCCUCCAAGCACGCGACCCAGGCCUUCUUCGACUGCCUGCGCGCCGAGGUGGAGCAGGAUGAGAUCGACGUGACGGUCAUCAGCCCCGGCUACAUCCACACCAACCUGUCCGUCAACGCCGUCACGGCCGACGGCUCCCGAUACGGAGCCAUGGACCAGAACACAGCCCAGGGCCGCAGCCCCGCCGAAGUGGCACGGGCCGUGCUGGCCGCCGUGGGGAGGAAGCAGAAGGACGUGGUGCUGGCCGACCUGCAGCCGUCCCUGGGCAUCUACCUGCGCACUCUGGCGCCCGGGCUCUUCUUCCGGCUCAUGGCCUCCAGAGCCAGGAAGGAGCGCAAGGCCAAGGACUCCUAGGGCCACCUCGGCUGCCUCUGGGGGUGGGGGUCAAGGAUGUGCCCCUCCUGCCUCCCCAGGGGUGAGGGGCAAAGGUCAGAGAUAAAAAACACGCAAUAAACAGCCAGACCCCCAGUAAUCCAGGCCUGGAAGAAGCUCGCGUCUCUGAAUUCCAGUCCCGCCAGCUCCUGGAAGUCCAUGCCGACUGCUGGGGCGCAGGCCACACCUAAAAGGAACCCCCAUCCCCCCACCCGCUCUCAGCACAGCCCCUGGACGGCGGAUGAGCGCACUGGGCGACAGCGGCCGACAGGGGGCGCAGGAGGCUGCACGGCCCAGCGAGCCGGCUGAGGGGCAGGGCCCGGGCCCCUGGCGCAGGGCGGCCUUCAGUGGUUGGCCUGCUUCCGCUCUGCUGCCUCGUGGGGGCUCCCUGAGCCAGCCUCACUUCUCAAGUUGAGGGAGCAGCCCACUGUACACUUCCCAAAAUUGGAAUAAAAUCCUCCCAGUGUGGACACCUUGCACCGAGUCCCAACUCUGGCCC